ACUGCUGUCGCGAGUAGGUGGAAAGAUGUGAGUAAACGCUGCAAACUCAACGAACGAGCGUUUCUAACGGGAACUAAUGUGUGUGUAUGGCUAACAGAGAGCAGCGCUGGAAGGGCACAGGCGGAACAAACGCAGUGGCCCCUUCCCCAACAAAGAGGAAGGAGGACGACAAGAGCAAACAGCGAGGUAAGGAGAAGUCAGGAGCCACGAAGGAAGGCGCAGACAAGGGCCGGGGCCGAGACAAGAACCGCACACGGCGCAGUGCUUCCAGCGGGAGCAGCAGGUCCAGCUCCAGUUCCAGCAGCAGCUCAGGCUCCAGCUCAGGCUCCUCCAGCGGCUCCAGCUCCUCUGCCUCCAGCCACUCAGGCUCAUCCAGCUCCCGCUCCUCUUCCUCGUCCUCCUCGUCCUCCUCGCCGAGUCCCAGCCGCCAGCGGCACAACAACAGGCGGCGUUCACGCUCAAAGUCAAAAUCAGCAAAGAAGGAUGACAGGGACCGACGGCGUAGGAGCCCCACACCCAAACCCACCAAGGUCUACCUGGGCCGGCUGACCAGGAAUGUUAUCAAGGAACACAUCCAGGAGAUCUUCUCCACUUACGGCAAGAUCAAGAUGAUCGACAUGCCCAUGAACCGCGUCCACCCUCACCUGUCCAAAGGUUACGCGUACGUGGAGUUUGAAACACCCGAGGAGGCAGAGAAGGCCCUGAAACACAUGGACGGCGGUCAGAUCGAUGGUCAGGAGAUCACAGUCACAGCUGUGCUGACUCCCACAGUGCGCCCUCCCCCUCGCAGGCUGUCCCCUCCCCGCCGGAUGCCCCCUCCACCCCCAAUGUGGCGACGCACACCACCCCGAAUGAGGAGAAGGUCUCGGUCUCCACGGCGACGCUCUCCAGUGCGUCGCAGGUCUCGAUCGCCCGGCCGCCGCCGUCACCGGUCACGCUCGAGUUCCAACUCUUCCCGCUAGUGAUAAGGAACCCUCCUCCUCUCUGCGCCCUCUACUCCUCCGCUGCGUCCCUUCGUUCAUCAGUGUGACCAAACAAAAAAAACACAUGUUCGUGGUUAAUCGUCAGCGCUUGAGUAAUGAGAACAGGGACACCAAAAUCAUUACUGUAUCCCGGAGUGAAUUAUUUUUAGCCAGGGUCGUAUGACAACAAAAAACUGAGCUCAUUAGCUACAUACUGAGUAUUCCUAAGUACUGUGUAGCAGUUUUGUGGUUGAAAGGGAUUUAGAAUCGUAUGUUUUUUAGGAAGUGAAAGUGAUCCUACACCCACUUGAGAAAUAUUGACUUCAGGAAACUCACAACAGGAAAACUGAACUAUCGAACUGAACUGUCUUUCUUAGUAGCUUAGUUGAGUUUUGCAACCAACAAAAUGCAAAAAGCAGCAAAGUACAGGAAACUGCAUAACUUGCACUAUGCACAAAUGAAGGCUAGAAAUAUAUUUUUUACUAAAAUUGCUAAAACAUGCUGCUUUUUUAUAAAUUGCUUCCAGAGUUGGAGUCAGAUCAUGCGGCUUGAGUCUAUUGACGGCUACUGGUCCACUCUAAUGUUGAGGAUGCAGCUGUGUGUCAGGUACAGGCCAUUUGGAUACAACACCAGUUUGGAGUUGAUGCCACAUACAUGUAGACAUAUGUCCAGACAAUCUGCAAAGAAAAGAUUUGAUCUUUUUCAUCUUAGUGAAUAUUUUAGUCUCUUCAUGCUUGUUAUGUGAGUGGAUGACAUUAUGGGAUAUUUCAAUGGCCGAUGCCCAUAUUUAGAGAGCAGGGCGGCCAAUGGCCAAUAUAUGGCGCCGUUAUCAAAACAAAAAAAAGUCAUGUAUAGUUCGAUUAUUACAUACACAUUACAAUCAAACAUAAUGGUUAUCUUAGCCAGUAACAUGGUGUUUUAGAUGGAAUUGUUAUUAAUUAAUGAAAUAGGAAAACACAAUGGGUUAUGCUGUAGAUUUCAGUCAUUUAACUGUACCAUUCUGUACAUCAUAAUAACAUAUAUUUUACGCAAGCCAGUAACGGUUUACAUUCACUCAGGCAACGACGUGCCAGCCAAACAUUUCUCAUAAUGUGUCCACUCAUUUUAUUUAAUGCACAAAUACUGCAUUAAAAAUGUGCGCAUAAACAGGUGAUUGGAAACACUCUAAUGUGUUAGUCAUGUACCAUCACAUAUUGACGUCAUGUUAACAUGGAGCAAAUAAUUUACUGGGAAUCACAUGAAUGAUUCAAGUGUCUGUGUUCUCAUCACUGAAGCAGCCAGUUGACUAAUGAAUAAAGACUGGAACAGUCUUAAAAUAACCCUACAGGACAAUAUGGCAAUCCGUGUUCUCUGAGGUCACGUUUAGUGCUCUCCAGUGUUAUCACUUAUUAUACUUAUUGCUUACAGUUCCAGAUUUUAAGGUGCUACUGGUGUUCAUUUAGGAUUAAAUCAGUAUUGGGUUUUAAAAGCAUCCCUUCUGUAGCCCCGCUCUUCAUUUGGGACGGUUUCUCCAGCAUCACUUCUUCCAGUAAAUCAAAUUUACAAAGGCAGCUAUACAAGUGAGUUACAAUAAGUCAAAUACCAGUUAACAGCAUGUGUCCGCUUCAGUAAAACCCUGAAAAUGACAUAGUGUUACCUUCUCAGUACACUGAGGUCAGAAGGUUAUCGUGGGAAUUACCAGUGCAUCAGGAAUGUGUCACUCUGUGAUCUUCUGUUCCACACAUUUGUGGUUUUAGUUUUGGGACGAGUUGGGUUAACUUGUUUUCAUCAGUGGUGGACUGAUGCAACCUGCUUGACUUGGUGUGUGUGUGUUUUAUUUGUCCCCUAAAAUCUUAUUUUGUAUAGCUGGCUGUGUGUGGUUCAACUGAUGGCUGGACAAUAAAGUUAAUGGCUUGAACUGUAAAAAAAAAA